AUGUCAGGCUCGGCGGUUCGGCAAGGAGCUGCAGGCGUCGUGCGGCGGCCCUGCUCCGGGUCGUUUCGCCGGCCGUAUUCCUCGCUGCUGCUGCAGCCGGUCCUGCUGCUGCUGCUGGCCGCGUCGCCCGCUCCGCCCGUGCUAGCCGUUGACAUGAACCAAGCCCAUGUGAUGGCGCUGAUAGAGAUGCGCGUGGCGCUGGGAGUGACGGGGAUGCAGUGGUGGCGCACCAACGGGAAGGUGGUCUGCGGCGCGUGGAUAGGCGUCGAAUGCGACACCAAGGGGAAUGUCGUUUCUGUCACGGCUUACAACACGAUGAUUACACCAGGUCUGCUCCCCAACAGCUUCACCAAGCUCAAAACCCUCACCUAUCUCGAUCUCUCUUCCAACCGCCUCAACGCAUCGCUCGACCAAUUCGCGCGGCCCUUGCUGCACCUCCCCAACCUCCGCGAGUCUGAACAACAACAAGCUCUGGGGCUCUGCGCCCUCUUACCUGCUGCAGAGGGUUUGACUCGUACUCAUCUUCUCCUCCUUAUUCGUUCGUGCCUCCGUCCCCCCCCACCUCUUCCCCGUCACCAGGAGUCUGAACAACAAGCUCUGGGGCUCUGCGCCCUCCUACCUGCUGCUGCUGCUUUGACUCGUAGCUUUCCUCUCUUCCUCAUGUCUCCUCCCCUUCACCUCCCCCUCCCCCUUCACCUCCCCCCCCCCCUUCACCUCCCCUCCCCCUUCACCUCCCCCUCCCCCUCUUCCCGCUCGCCAGGAGUCUGA